CAGACAUCAGUCCAACACAUAACGGUUACCAACUGCGGAGGAUUUUAAGAGAGAAUAUAACAAAAAAAUCUGCACAAGUGUAUCUGCAGAAUCGCAACCUGAAAAUAUUGCAGCGCCACAGCCAAUUGGCUUUCGUGCCCUUUUUUCCGAAGAACAAAAAUUCAUGGCAUUCAGUCCGCUUCUUCUGCCUGGCUUUAUAAAAGUGGCUUAAGCGAGGCAGAUGUGAGAGGUACUCUUGAUAUCUGUCGAUAACCAUUGAGGAGAAUGGAUAUGAAAUUACGAAUUCAAAUCUGCAUCCAGAUCUUGUUAGGGUUGUGGUUCCAGCAAGUAUUUAAGGUAGAUGUAGCCGCAUCCAUAUAUGAAAGUUCUGCCUCUCAGAGAAUCGGCAGAUCAGCUUCCGAUGCAAGCCUGAUGUUUGAGUUUUUGCUGGGUGGGGUGGAGAUUGACCAGGACAACAACAUUCUCUUGCUUGACAAGGAGAUGGCAUCCAUGAGGCAGGGACGAGCGUUCACAGCUUGCAUUAAUGACAAUGUUGCCAAAACUCUGACCUCCAUGGAGGAGAUGCUGAUGACACUAGAGAGGAACAAAAGGAAACCCUUCUCUCAGAUCCAGUUUGACGGUCUAGUCCUAAGCAUGGUCUACUCUGCUCAUCAGGCCCAGCGCAAGGAGAGAAAAGAGGAGCAACUUGCCUGGGGCGGCAUGCUGAUCCGAUUGGCCAACAUCACUGUCAAUAAUCUGCGUGGACAGUACCUCAUUACUAAUGCACAAUAUCUUAACUAAUUUUCUGUAUAAGAUCGAGAAUGAAUCAUGUAAACCAAGCAGUAACUGGGUUUGUAUUCAUAUUAUCAGCAUGUUUUAUAACAUUUAUAAAUCAUACACAAAAGCAUACUAAACUGUUGGCGCAAUUCAACCACAUAUGAACAUUUUUAUUAAAGCAUAGUACAAAAAUAAAAGGCAAUUACAAAAGUUCCUGUUAUAUACAGUUUAUAAUAUGAAUAUAUAAAACAUCUCUAUUAAAGGUAUCAACCACGUGGUGAGGGUUUACUCAUUGGCAAGAUGCAAAACACCAUCCUUAAACAUGAUAAACAAUCCCUGAAGUAAGAAGCGCAUCUCGCAUCUAUAAUGUACUGGGUUUUUUUAUAGUUUGCAAAUCACUUAUAGUUACUGUUAAUGGUACAUCAACCAUCUGA